AUGGUGUCUCUCAAGACGUACUGCACAUUUGCCUUGACGGCCUUUUCCGUCGCAUUGUCGGCGUGUACAAACUCGAGCACCUCGAUUGACGGGAAGCCAUUUCCGCCUCUGAUUGAGGCAAUGUUGGAGGAUUUGGUCUCUGGUCUCGAGUCGGGCUUGUUCACGAGCGUCGACCUCGUCAAUGCCUACACGGCCCGCAUUCUCGAGGUCAACUCGACGCUCAAAAUGGUCACCUACUUGAACCCGGAUGCGCUCUCCGUCGCCGCCGCGGCCGACGCGCUCCGGGCCCAGGGCACGAUUCUGGGGCCUCUGCACGGGAUUCCGCUCUUGAUCAAGAACAACAUUGCCACCAAUGACUCGCAGUCAAACACGGCGGGCUCGUACGCCCUACAUGGAGCCGAGGUGCCCACGGACAGCACGGUUGCUGCAAAGCUGCGCCAGGCCGGAGCCAUCUUGUUGGGCAAGGCCAAUCUGUCCCAGUGGGCCAAUUGGCGUAGUGACAACACCAGCAACGGGUGGACGGCCGACGGCGGCCAGACGGAAGCAGCCUACUAUCCAGGUCAAGAUCCCUCCGGGUCCAGCUCGGGCAGUGGCGUGUCCAGCUCACUCGGGCUGGCGCUCGCGGCUCUGGGCACCGAGACUGACGGAUCCAUCGUCUCCCCAUCGGAUGUCAACAAUCUCGUGGGCAUCAAGCCCAGCGUCGGCCUCACGUCUCGGUAUCUCGUGAUCCCCAUCUCGGAACACCAGGACACUGUCGGCCCCAUGGCCAGGAGCGUCAAGGACGCCGCCUACAUCCUUUCCGCCAUUGCCGGCAAGGACCCAAAUGACAACUACACCAGCGCCAUUCCCUUUGACACGAUUCCCGACUACGCUGCGGCCUGCGACUACUUUGCGCUGCAGGGGAAGCGCAUCGGCAUCCCCCGAAACGUCUUUGACAUCACCGGUGCCGAGGAGCAGUAUGGAGCCGUGAUCGCCGCCUUCAACGCCUCGCUGGACGUGUUUCGCGAGGCCGGUACCGAGAUUGUCGACGACAUCUUUCUCGAGGGCUGGGAGGCGCUCGCAACGUCGGAUUAUGAAUUGAAUGUCCUCAAGGCGGAUUUCAUCGUCAACCUGGCCACUUACUUGGCCGACCUGACGGUCAACCCGAAUAAUGUGACCAACUUGCAGGAGCUCCAGGACUUUACCCAGUCAUUCCCCGCCGAGGACUGGCCAGAGCGCGACACCGAGAUAUGGCAGUCGGCGCUGGACCUCGGCUACGACAACACGAGCCCAGAGUUCUGGUCCAAUUACACGGCCCAGCUGUACUACGGCGGUCUGCUGGGCCUCACCGGCGCGCUGACCAAUUAUUCGCUCGACGCGCUGAUUCUGCCCACGACGUUUGCCUCGACGCUGGCCGCCGUCAUUGGCUCGCCCAUUGUUACGGUGCCCCUCGGCCGAUACCCCAACAACCAGACGGUGAUCCCCAACAGCUUUGGCAACCUCAAUGCCACGGCGCCCAACGUGCCCUUUGGCAUUUCUUUUCUCGCCGAGCGCUUCAGCGAGGAGAAGCUGAUUGGGCUCGCCUACGCCUUUGAGCAGCGGACUCUAGUAAGGAACACCAUCAAGCCUUACCUGGAGCCCACGACGGAGCUCGUUGACAUUGUCGGGAAGAGGAAGAGACUUGCCAGGAUGAUGUGA